GGGAAACAGGCAAAAUAUGUUUGCCUUGAGAUAUGGAGAAAACAGCAUCGGUGCCGAGAUGUUAGUUUAUUUCUUAAGUUAUGGUUAAGGGUCCUCCAUCCUCGACUAGUGACUAACAUGCAUGGUGUCGGCUGUGAUCAUGCGUCUUUUUCUUUUCUUUUCUUUUGCUUCAUAUUUGGUUCCAGAUAGGAAUUAAUGUCGGUUGCCUGUUCCUGGUGUUUAUUAUUAGAUUGUUUGGGGAUAUGUUUGAAUGGAUGUUAUGGUGGGCUCUUAGGUCACGAUGAGGUCAAGGUUGUCUUGAUUGGGUCGGAAUCGAUCGACUCCGCACUUCGACCUCUUUGGAUCUCAUCUUCAAUUCAUCCUCUCGAAUAACCUCGAAUAACUACAGAUUCAGUUACUCAUAUCGAUGGCUCGAGCCGCGGUUGGGAAAAUGUCCUGGGAAAAAUACGCCCUGCGGCCCGUCCAGGAUGCAUCUCCGGUCACGCUUCCGGUCUUCAUCUACGGCACUGCAUGGAAGAAAGACCAGACGGCAGAUUUAGUGCAUCAAGCUCUUCAGGCUGGUUUCCGUGCAGUGGAUACAGCCGCCCAGCCGAAGCAUUAUCGCGAAGACUUGGUGGGUGAAGGGAUCCGCAGAGCCAUUCACGAUGGGACUGUCCGACGUGAAGAUCUCCAUCUUCAAACCAAGUUCACCUCUGUUCAAGGGCAGAGUCCUGAUAACAUGCCAUAUGAUCCCACGGCGUCGGUGGCGGACCAAGUCCACGCCUCGAUCAACUCGUCAUUUAAGCACCUCCGUCCGUCUGAUGACCCGGAGAGUGCAAAGGAUGCAUACAUCGACAUGCUUAUCCUGCAUUCUCCUUUGUUGACCAUGGCUAAGACUAUAGAGGCCUGGCGGGCAUUUGAGACUUAUGUCCCUCACCGGAUUCGCAAUCUAGGCAUUUCCAACUGCACCUUGCCUGUUCUUAAAGAACUAUUCUCCCAGGUCACAGUGAAACCAGCCGUUGUGCAGAAUCGUUUCUAUGAAGGGACGCAGUUUGAUGUCCCAUUGCGUGGUUUCUGUCGUGACAACGAUAUUAUCUAUGAGAGCUUUUGGACUCUGACAGCCAACCCGGAGUUAGUUCGGAGUGAUUCGGUCCAGUCCCUUGCUGGCCAUGCAGGCAUCAGUCCUGCUGCUGCCUUGUACUCUCUUGUUUUGGGCCUGAAGCAAACCACGAUCUUGAAUGGGACGACAAACAGCGAUCGUAUGGCUGCGGACUUGGCUUCCAUUAAGAAAGUAGAGCGACUGGCCAAGGAACAGCCGGACUGGUGGGAGAAGAUACUUGCUAGCUUUCAAGAGCUCAUUGGCGAUCGUAUAUAGAUAUUCUGAAUAUCAACAUAUCCUCAAC